GCUUCCUCUCCUCCGGCUGCCCGCGGGGCCGGGGGCCUCUGUGGGGACGAGGCCUCGCGCCCGGGCCAUGGCGAGCUGCGAGCAGACGGCUGUCGGCCCCGCCAUGGACAUGCCCGAGGUCCUGAAAUCCCUGCUGGAGCACUCCCUGCCCUGGCCCGACAGGCGCCAAGAUAAAGAAAAGGAAAAGGAGAAACUCGAGGACGAUGAAGCGGCCGCCGCCAGCACCCUGGCCGUGUCUGCCUCCCUCAUGCCGCCCAUCUGGGACAAGACCAUCCCCUACGACGGGGAGUCGUUCCACUUGGAGUACAUGGACCUGGACGAGUUCCUCCUGGAGAAUGGGAUUCCCGCCAGCCCCACGCACCUCAACCAGAACCCCCUCCUGCCCGUGGCCGAGCUCGAGGGGAAAGAGCCGGCCAGCUCCUCCACGUCCUCCCCACCGUCCUCCUCCUCUUCCUCCUCCUCCUCCUCCACCGUCGUGUUCCAGCCCUCCGAGACCACGUCCAGCACAGAAUCAUCCGCCGAGAACGAGCGGGAGACCCCCAGCCCCAUCGACCCCAACUGCGUGGAGGUGGACGUGAAUUUUAACCCCGACCCUGCCGACCUGGUGCUGUCCAGCGUGCCCGGCGGGGAGCUCUUCAACCCACGCAAGCACAGGUUUGCCGAGGAGGACCUGAAGCCCCAGCCGAUGAUUAAGAAGGCCAAGAAGGUCUUUGUCCCUGACGAGCAGAAGGAUGAAAAGUACUGGACCCGGCGGAAGAAGAACAACGUGGCGGCCAAGCGGUCCCGGGACGCCCGGCGCCUGAAGGAGAACCAGAUCACCAUCCGCGCCGCCUUCCUGGAGAAGGAGAACACCGCCCUGAGGACGGAGGUGGCCGAGCUACGCAAGGAAGUGGGGAAGUGCAAGACCAUCGUCUCCAAAUAUGAGACGAAAUACGGACCUUUUGACCCGUCCGAUUCUGAGUGACGCAACUCGAGAGACUUUUUAAAACAAACACAAACGCUAAAACCACACGCCACCCCGUCGGCCUGCAGAGGGAACAGCGAUGCCAGGGCGGUGUGCCCCGGAUGAGACGAUGGACCCUCCCCCGCCCCCCCCACACCCCUUUUUCCCUCCCGACCACCCCCCGGAUGGCCUGCGGAGGGUCUCCUCCCUCCUUGCCGCCCUAGAGCCGGAGGAUUUUCUAUUCUCCUGACCCUGCAGCCACCCCCUGCCCAGUGGUGACACAGGAGGGCAUCACCCAUCAGGGAGGGAGGGACCGACGGCCUGCUCUCCGGCACCGGUGGCCGGGAUGUUGAAAUUUUCUCGGGGACGGAGGAAGAGAGGAUUUGGGGCUGGCCUUCCUUUCGAUGUGCCCGAGUGAUCUCUGACCAGAAAAUGGUGUGGUUUUAUUUUUGUGCUUUCGUUUUUUAAAGGGUGCACGCCGUUCUCUCUUUUGAAUGCUGUGGGGGUCGGGUUGCUGUAAAGGUUGUGACCGGAAUUGGGAGAAAGGAGUGACAAUUUGCCAUCUCCUUUCUUUCUCCCCUAUGUCUGUUCAGCCCUUCCCCCGGGUUGCACACACAUGCAGGGAGGGUCUUUGCCCACAGCAACACGGGAGAGCCACCGUGGCCCUGGCGUUGUUGCUUUGAGGAAGGGGUGGCAGCCGAGCUCUGGCAAAUAACACUGAUGAAGCUGCUUUCUCUGCCACAAUGCUCAAGGCCUCAGGAAACAGGUCAGAAGUAGCUGGGAAAGGGAGAGGAGCUGAGAGCAAGAAGGGGGUCUCCCAGUAAGGGGAUUUGAGGGCUCAGAGAGGAAGAAGGAUCCCAGUUCCAAAACUGUGGCUCCCAACCAGAUUGACGAUCGGUUGGAAACUGGUCCUUGUUUCCCAGACACCAAGCCCUCCCAUUUCUGGGAGAAAAAAGACUGCCUACCCCCGCUGAAAGCUUUGGGGAAGAUGGCAUCUCGGAGGAGUGUAACUAGCGAAGAGCCGGGGCAGCUUGGGGAGAGAACCCCGAGAUGAGUGAUGGGGCUUUGCCAGUCUUUGCUACUGGCUUAUGCCCCCUUCCCAGGGUGGCACGUGACGGUUAAAACUUCCUGGUGAACUUUGCACCGCUGAAAGGUAGCCCGGGUGGACGGACCUGGAAGCGAAUUCCCGGUCUCACCCCAGACCUGACCAAAGAAGAGUAGUAGCGAUACAGAGUUGCCUGAUCCGGGCCCCACCGUCUGAGGAGAGGACAUCCGUGGCCCUCGGGAGCCAGCCCAAACAGGAGCUCCUUUGUUCUGGGGAAGGUUUGAGAAGUGAUUCGGAAUCUGGGAUCCUCAGCGGGUCUGCUGUGCCGUUCCCUCACAACGGCAUCACGUUAAUGCAGUUGGAAUUGUCUUUCAAGAUGGGGGCCAGGGUCACCAUCCCGGCCAGGAUACGCCAGCACGUGAUUUGCUUUAGGUUUUCCGUGUGCCCACGUGAGGGGACAGGGAGUGCAGAGUCCACAGCUUUUCCCUCUGGAGCUGGGAUUGGCCAUUAGACAUUCCACCCUGAGAGCCUCCCUGGGAGGGGAGGCGACGGGGGAAGGCCUCGGAAAUCUGGCUAGGGACGUACUGCCCCGGUGCCUUGGCGAGCGAGCAGCUGUUUGUGGGAUGAAAGCCAUGUGACUUAUACAGGGAUGGGACUGUCCUUUCAAAAAAAAAAAAAGUAUUUUGAGAGAUAAUGUUUUGCUGGAUUCUCUGUCCUCUUCUUUCUGGGCGCUGCUUCAGGGGUCCUGGUGGCCGAACGGAGUUCGGGACACACCUCGGAUGUUGCCCGGGGCGGCCAGGUCUGUCCUGAAUGAGACAGGGUUGGAGGAGCAGCCUCUGAAGGAUGGAGGAAGGAAUGUGGUGCGGGCGGCAGGCUGGGGCACCCUGGGAGGGCUGGCCGGCUCAGAGACGGGUACCAAGUCCCGUCCUGCUCUGCCCUCUAAAUCCCGAAGCGAAAGGGCUUGUUUGUUAGGGUCCCUUAGGUCUAGGGGACGGGGAGGUGGGCAAGGUAAACUGAUGAGCAGCGUCAUCAUUGAGUUAGAUCACCGGGCCAGCCAGCCCAGGGUUCUGCCUCACAACUUUCACAAGGAGGGAGGAUUGGGAGGAGAGAUUAAUCUUGCCCUCUCCAGCGCAAACUUUCCCACAGACUACUCCUGGGGCUCUCAUCCAUGAAUCGGUCUAAACUCCUCUUGAACCUGCUGGUGUGUCUGGCGGGCACAGCUUCCUGUCGGUACAGAAAGGAUUGCUUUGGGUUGUUUUGAGCUGAUCACCUUUAAACUUCAACUGGGACCCCCCCUUAUCUGGUGGUUUUAGGAUUUAGUGAACGAUCAUUCUGGGCUCCCCCCAAGCCUAUGUGCUUCGUGAUUAUGUUUGCCUCGGUUCUCCCAGAGCCCUCCGUGGAAAGAAGCAGCAUAGUCUAAUGGGUAGAGCUCAGGCCCGGGAAUCAGAAAUACCUGGUUUCUAAUCCCGGCU